UUAUGUGAUGCAUUCAGUAUUUGCUACGUGAAACCCAAGUUGUUGGCAUCAUGAAUUUGAGUAUUCAAUUCGGAUGUUCCUAACAACUCCUAACAACUCCAAUAAUGGCCCAUAGGCUUCUUAAUAUACCUUCCUACUACCUUCUUGUGUGCGUGUGAACGUGAGAGAGGGCGAGAGACAGAGAAAGAGAUGUGCUGACUGCGUGGACAUCUAAAGGGUUUUGAUUGCAGAAACCAGGAGAACUUUCUGCGACCUAGAGAGGAGCUUUCACCAAAACCAUGGAUGGCCAGAGAAACAUCUCUGAGGAAGAGAAGAUUCAAGAAAUUGGAGCAGAACUAGAACGUUUGCAUGCCGAAAACAAGGAGCUUUGCCUUAUGCUCCACACGAUGAAUAAUAAGUACACCGCCCUUCAAGCUCAUGUAGAGAAGAUAAGGGAAGAAGUGGACUUUAUGAAUGAAAGCUGUUCGAGCCAUUACUUGACCAAGAGACGGCCUAUUGAGUCCAUAAAGCCAAAAUCUACACGCAUAUUUGUCAGAACAAAUGAAGAUAGUACGAGCUUAAUAGUCAAGGAUGGGUACCAUUGGAGAAAGUAUGGACAGAAGAUUACUAAAGAUAAUCCAUCCCCUCGGGCUUAUUUUAGGUGUUCUAUGGCUCCAAGCUGUCAUGUUAAGAAGAAGGUUCAACGAAGUCCAGAUGAUAAAUCGAUUCUGGUGGCAACAUAUGAAGGAGAACACAACCACCCCCUACCUGGAGAGCUUGAUGGCAUGACCUCAUUACCAACUACCUCCAGCACUGGCUUAAUGGCUGGAACUUCUUCUUCUUCCACAUCGAGGGACCUAUCUCAGCCCACGGUCACUCUUGAUCUUGCACUAUGUGGGAGCAAUCAUGAAGCAGCAAGGUCCACAGAGACCCUCAAAAACGAUACCAACGACAACAACAAGAAUAUCAUGGAAGAGUGCAUCACACUUUUAAGUGGAGAUCCAAACUUUAGAGUAGCCUUGGCGGCUGCAGUGGCACGCUCAAUUAUCUCUAAUCAUCCAUCAAAUAGCUGAACAUCACGUACUGAUAUAUGUUUUGGUUCAUGAAGGCUUAUAAGUCUCUUCCGUUGUGUUAAAAUAAUUAUGGAAAGUAAAAAACUUUUUUUAAACGGAUUGAGAGUUUUCUUUUCUUUUUUUUUCAGAUUUUCUAAAGAACUAGGAUAGGUACAUGACGUACCAGUAUAUGUCUUGGUUCAUGAGGGCUUAGAAGUUUCUGCCAUUGUGUUAAAAUAAUUUAAAGUAAAAAAUAGUUUUUUAAACUGAUUGAUAUUUUUUAGGUUUUUAAAAGAAACAGGAUAGGUGGGAGCACAGCCUAAAGGGGUCAGCACCCAUCUUCUUGGUGAAUGUACUGUUGUAGUCUCUUGAUUAAGCCCCAGAAGAUGGCGUUCCCAG